AAACUAAACUUUCAUUUCCUACAUAUAAAAAAGCUCCUUCCUUUGUCAUUCUCACAGUCUCAUCUUCAACCACCCCCCAAAUCUCUCUCUCUAUUUUAUACUUUUCACUUGCUCUCUUCUGCUAUUGUCUUUACUGCACAAUGAGGAGAGAAAAAUAAAAAAUGCUCACCCUUGCAAGCCACAAUCUUUGAUAAAAACUUAUUCAAGAACUCUCUUUUGAUGAGAUUUUCUUGGGUUCUGAGAGAUUUUUGAGGUCCUUUCAAUGGCAGAAAGUCAUGACUGUUCCACCUCAAGCCUUCUCUGUGCAGAGAACACCAAUCCUUGUUUUGAUGAUGUUGAUGGCAAUGCCACAGAUGGGUUUGGGGUUUCCCCUUCUUGGAACCACCAAAACAAUCACACACACAAUAAAGACUCGAUUUUUGACAAUAUUAGAUCCGAAUCCUUGGAGCGUUUUCCUCUGCAGAGUGAGGAGAGAGUGAGGGAGAUGGUUGAGAGGGAGAGAGAGCAUUUACCCAGAGAUGAUUAUCUCAAGAGACUGCGCUGUGGGGACUUGGACUUGAGUUUUAGGAGAGAGGCUCUUGAUUGGAUUUGGAAGGCUUAUGAUCAUUACAGUUUUGGACCAUCAAGCGUUUGUCUAUCCAUGAACUACUUGGAUCGCUUCCUAUCAAUUAAUGAAUUGCCAAGAGAUAAAAGUUGGGCUGUGCAAUUGUUAGCUGUAGCUUGUGUGUCAUUAGCAGCCAAAAUGGAGGAGACUAAUGUGCCUCAGUUGGUAGAUUUACAGGUGGGAGAACCUAAGUUUGUGUUUGGAGCUAACUCUAUACAGAGAAUGGAGCUUCUGGUGCUGGGCACAUUGGGUUGGAGGAUGCAAGCUCUCACCCCUUGUUCAUUCAUUGAUUACUUUCUAAGCAAGAUUAACAAAGUUCAGUAUCCAUCAAUAUUAUCCAUUUCUAGAUCAGUACAACUCAUAUUAAGCACAAUCAAAGGUAUUGACUUCUUGGAAUUCAGGCCUUCUGAAAUUGCUGCAGCGGUGGCCAUUUCUAUUUCAAGGCAAAUUCAAGAAGUGGACAUUGAUAAGGCCAUGUCCUGUUUCAAACAUGUAGAAAAGGAAAGGGUCGUGAAGUGUCUUGAACUGAUGAAAGAUUUGUCAUUGAUUAGUGGGUCUGCGAAUGUGGCAAGUAACUUAGCUUCGUCUGUGCCCCAAAGCCCUGUUGGGGUUUUAGAUGCUGCUUGCUUGAGCUAUAAAAGUGAUGAAUUAACAGUUGGGUCAUGUGCAAAUUCUUCACAUAAUAGUCCAGAUACAAGGGGAAGACACCAGACAGACCAUCUAAAGUAGAAUUCAAGUCAUGACAUGUGAAUUUUUAUCCAUCACACCCUAGUCCAAUCAGUUCGGUUGAAUGGGAUUUUUGGUGUGGUUUUGGAAGUGCCCCUUUUGUUACAAAGGAAGAGAGAGAGAGAGAGAGAGAGAGAGAGAGAGAGAGAAAAAGAGAGUUUUGAAUAAAUAAAUUAAGGUAGAAAGCAAUUAAGGAGGUGUCAUACUUCUUGCAUGAGAAAGAAAGUCAUUAGCUAUUUAUAAUCACAAAUUCUGAGACAGCCAUUAUAUAUUAGGAAUUGGUGGUGGUUGUCUUGGUGGAUUAGUAUGUUUUUAGAAAAAUACAGCCUUUUGUCGUAGCUUCCAUUUCAAAUGAGAGAGAAAAGGAAGUGAGGGAGAUAUAAUAGAGGGAAUAUUUCUUAAAUUUGUUUUCUUUCUUC